AUACUUUCAAUUCGGUAAAUUCGGUUUCUGGGAUCGCUCUCUUGUUCUCGUUGACUCUCGCUUUUUUCAGCUCUUUCUACGGAUGCGUUAAUAUUGUGACAGAUAUAUUGACUCCUACUAGUGCGAAAUUAAACUAAUUAGCAUUGGAAAAUGUCGGUCAAACUAAGUACAAAUACUUCGCCGUCAGUUGAAUUAAGCUCCUACCGUGAUCAACAUUUUAAGGGUACGAGAGCCGAGCAGGACAGACUUUUAAGGAAUUCCACUACUUUGUACGUGGGCAACCUAUCUUUUUAUACCACCGAAGAACAGAUAUACGAAUUGUUUUCCAAAUGUGGCGACAUCAGGCGUAUCAUUAUGGGCCUUGAUAAAUACAAGAAAACGCCGUGCGGUUUCUGCUUCGUUGAAUAUUAUCUAAGAGGCGACGCUGAGAAUUGUAUGAGAUACGUAAAUGGUACUCGUUUAGACGAUAGAAUAAUCAGGACCGACUGGGAUGCUGGCUUUAUCGAAGGUAGACAGUACGGUCGUGGCAAGACUGGAGGACAAGUGAGAGAUGAAUAUCGAUCAGACUUUGAUAGCGGACGAGGUGGUUAUGGUAAAAUAAUACAACAGAAAGUAACGCCUGUCUCUGACGGUGGAUUUGGUCGGUGAAAUUAUGGAAUAUGAGAGGCUGUGUAUGAAUGGCCAUACACGUGCAAGUGUUCAACCUGUAUCUCAUUGAUUAUUUAUAUGUGACUGAAGUAAUUACUUUUAAGUGUAAAUAUAAAUGUUUAAAUAAGUUUAUUCUAAGGAGUAAUGAAUGUAGGAAGAACGAUUCAUACAUACAUAAAAAAGUUUUGAUACUUGGACGAACAUGUUUCGCAUCAUGUUAGAACCGAGAAAAUUGUAGAUUUAUGAACUUGUUUAAUUCUUGAAUGUAAUCAUUCACACCAUUUUUUUGCUCGUUGAAUGAAUUAAUGUAACGAAUCUUGGAAAUACGAGAAAAAUAAAACGCAUUCUUUAUAAAAUAAA